AUGGGGGCCUAUAGAGCUGAUGAUGAUUACGAUUGUCUGUUCAAGGUGGUGUUGAUUGGGGACUCUGGUGUGGGAAAAUCCAACCUUCUGUCGAGGUUCACAAAGAAUGAAUUUAGCCUUGAAUCAAAGUCCACCAUUGGGGUUGAGUUUGCCACCAGAAGCAUUAGCGUAGAUGAUAAGGUUGUCAAAGCUCAGAUUUGGGACACUGCUGGCCAGGAAAGGUACCGAGCAAUCACCAGUGCAUAUUAUCGCGGAGCUGUUGGUGCAUUGCUAGUCUAUGAUGUUACCCGUCAUGUUACAUUUGAAAAUGUGGAGAGAUGGUUGAAGGAGCUGAGAGAUCAUACAGAUGCCAACAUUGUGGUGAUGCUUGUUGGGAACAAAGCAGACUUGCGUCAUUUACGAGCGGUUUCCACUGAAGAUGCGACAACCUUUGCCGAACGAGAGAAAACAUUUUUCAUGGAAACAUCUGCCCUCGAGGCCAUGAACGUUGAAAAUGCCUUCGCAGAAGUGCUGACACAGAUCUAUCAUGCUGUGAGCAAGAAGGCCCUUAACAUUGGUGUUGAUCCAGCAGCAUUGCCAAAAGGACAGACAAUAAAUGUUGGGUCUCGUGACGAUGUAUCAUCUGUUAAGAAAGCUGGAUGUUGUUCUGCUUGA